AUGGUUAAGGGCACGGAGCACCUGCAAGAAGCUGGGGGGGCCAGGGGGGCCUUGAGGCCGCGAGUAGCUGGCGAGUCUCUCAAGGUGGCAGAGACGAUAUUGAAGAAGAGGCAGCAGGACUUGAAGGAAAAGGCAAAAAGGGCCAAGGCUCUAUCGCAAUUCAAACGGGCAAAGAAGGCCUCACUGCACACGAACAAGGUGAAGUCCGCUCAGCACUUUGUCAAGAAGGCGCUCCUUGCCAUGCAAGACAGCAAACGAGUGCGGGUCCAGAGAAAUCGGAAGGCUAAGCAGCAGCGACAGCCAGACUGUCGAGUGUACUGCGUUGUACGCAAUCACCGCAAGGGCGGCUGCAGGGAGACGCGCAAGGCUCUCGAGGCCCUGGGCCUCUCCAAGCCAUACAGUUGUACACUGAUUCCUAACGACGAGACGGCGACCACAACCCUCAGAAAGAUCUCCCCCUUCAUAUUUUAUGGCCUGCCCUCCGCAGACACCGUUCGCAGGCUCUUUCUGACAAGGGCUCGCAUGCAGAGCGACGAGGGGGGCCCCCCCGUGCCUCUGUCGAAUAAUGUGAUGAUUGAAGACGCCUUUGGGUCCAUGGGCAUCCUGUGUCUGGAAGAUCUAGUGGAGCACAUCCUCACGUGCGGCCCUCACUUUGCGCAGUUGAUGCAGAAGGUUGGGAAGUUUCAGCUGACAAGUUUGAAGCAGGUGGAAGGUUUGGAGGCGAAGCGCAUGGAGUACGGAUUCUUGGGGGACAAGAUAAACAUUAAGGUCACUCAGCUGACCUGA